UCGUCAUACCUUCCGACGCCAAUAUCUAUGAUACAACAUCCCUCCCUUGUGCCUGAAUAAACACUGUCCAUAUCCGCAACAUCAGUCCCGAUGGUCGUUACUGACAAUGUUAAUUUUGACACGUUCCGGGACUGUCUAUUCUCUGCUAUUGUCGAAAAUCCUACAGGAGGUGGCCGAAAAAGGUCCAAACGAGCUUCGGUAGGAAGGAAAGGCGCCACCGUACAGCAACAGGCCACCACGGAGGCAAAUCCCUCUGAGCUUGCUGACUUUUCCGACUAUCUAGCAGCUGAGAUCUUUGCUAGCUUUCCAGGAGAGCUACAAGAACUGUCGUACCAUGCUCUCCAAGACGACGCUGCAUUGGGCGAGAAAUGGUCACUCCCCUUGACGCUCUCGGUGUUCGAGGAUGUGUCUGCGCACAUUCCUGGCGACAUUACCGAUUCGUUGACAGCAUAUGGGCUCAUCGAACCACCAAGAUCAGAUGUUCAGUCUUUCAUUGCACCCGUGCUGUCUGCAUACGUGGGAGCUGCAACAACACCACCACCCAAAUGGAUUGAGACAAAGACCAACGCUUGCGAGAUCUGCGAGAGAGACUGGGUGCCGAUGACUUACCACCAUCUGAUACCUAGAGCGGUGCAUACCAGGGUCAUGAAGCGAGGCUGGCAUGAAGAACAUCAGCUAAACAGUGUUGCUUGGCUUUGUCGUGCUUGUCACAGCUUCGUCCAUCGGAUGGCAUCAAACGAGGAACUGGCCCGUGAAUGGUAUACUGUCGAGAAGAUCUGUGAGAGAGAAGAUGUUCAGAAAUGGGCACAAUGGGUUCAACGCGUGCGGUGGAAGAAAACUUAGACAUUGGGGCAUGGCAUGGUUGCGCUUGCAAUGAGACUGCUUCAGUCAAUCCUCUUUGUCUGCCAACGAUCCAGUGCUCGGUCUUGCGGACGAUCGAUCUGAGACACUCAUUGUUCCUGCUGUCGACUUGCAAACACCUGGACCUGCUCUUCACCUCACGCAGUCGUGCCGAUAUGGUUGUGUCCUGGUCAGGGGAGUUGAGCAAGACUCAACGAUGUCUUAAAGCUGUGAUGCAGACAAUGCAACGACGGGCGUUUACACUGCAAAAUCG